AUGAAAAAUGAUAACACAGUAGUUUACAAGAACAAUACUUGGAGCAUAUACAACAACAAGUCCAAUGCCCCUGGGAAUAAGAAAAGGAGCCGAGUGGAAUACCUGACCCUGUUAGGGAAGGGACAACUCUUUGACGGAGCGGCAAACGAAAAUGAGGGUAAGCAAAGCGAAGUGACGGACAUGUACAUCUACACAGGCAAGGGAGUGGAAAAAGUGUCCAUAAACACAGCGACGAAGGAGAGAAAAAACGAAAUGAACAAAAACAAACGGUAUCAGUAUUUAAAGGAUAAAAUAACGAAUGCAUUGAAAAAUCAGGAAAUGAUAAAACAGAUUACCAGUGAAAAUGAAUUUGCGAAUGCUAACGAAAAUGAUCCCAGCGAUGUCUUCAUUUUUGAUAAGCUUAAAAAUGAAAUAAGCAUUUUCAGCAGCAAGGGGCUAAAAGAAGAGGAGCACAAAAAGGGAACGGAUGAUGCCACAGUGGAUACCCAUCCUUUGGAGGAGUCAUCAUUUCCUCAUACGGAUGUGCAUACAACGGAAGAUAUUUUUCCUCGUGCAGAUGUGCACGCAGAGGCAACUGCUUCUGUCACGUGCAACCGUGUGGGGGAAAUUGUCGAUUGUGUAACCGACGACGUGGGGAUUCUACCUGGUGAAGGCGGGUACAACCGUCAGAAUGAAUAUAGAGAGGAUGAGGUACCUCCCUAUAAGAAAAACGAAAGUGAGUUUGCGAUCCAACCGGAGGACCGCGCCAAACUUGACGAUGAGAAGGAAACUCCAAAUGAGGUUAAAUCCGCAGGGGAAGACUCCACCAAACCGAAUGGUGAGUUUUUCAUCCACACGGAAAAAUGUAGUGACUUCAGCAGCGAAACGGAUGAUGAAAUUGAUUCUGACUCCGAGGUGGAAGCCCCCAAGUGGGAAAGUCAACCCGAAAGGGGAAAGAUCAUGUCGCGUUUGAAGAACCAAACGAGGGAAGUAAAACAGGGGGCAAAAUACCAAAGGGGGAAAGUCCCGGAAAAGCAUAAAAAAGGCAAACAGGGGGUGUACAAAAGGGAAGUGUACGAAGGAGGAUGUCUCCAAAAAGGCUGGCAUGAAAAUGACCCCUAUGAAGAGAGCUGGAGCGAGGAUAGCCAAGGGGAAUACAGGCCCUACAAAGACGCAUCCACAAAACAUGGACCGACUACCCACCGGCGCGACGAGCUCCACAGUGUGCAAAAAGAAAUGCACCACCUCAAAGUACAAAUCAACAAGGUAAAGGAAAAAAUGAAAAUAAUCAACAACAAGAAAAACGGAAAAAUAAACGUCUUGAAUAAAAAAAUUAAUAUUCUGAAAAAUAAGCUGAGCGAUGGGUAUGUGAAUAAUCUAAACGACGACAUAAAUAUUUUCAACAGCCAAAUCGAUAUUUUAUUUAUUAAAAAAAUUAACAAAAUGUACAAACAGAUAAAUUCCUACGUGAAAAAUAUAAACGACCAGAUAGGGAAGAAUUUAUCGACCCAAAAAACUAUGGGCAACCUAGAUCCGUCCCUAUACAGUCAUAUACAAAGACAAAUAAGCAACAUAAAAAUACAAGUAAGUAAUUUACAUGAUCAGGUGAAGAGUCACAUGUACCAGCAGAAAAGCAACAAAAUGUUUAACCAAAUGAAUAGCCAAAUUAACAACACCAAUAAUCAGAUUGGUAGGCAUCUGGGUGGCCACCUGGAUUGCCAAAGAGGAGAACUCCCAACGAUGGACUCAAAACGGAUAAUUCCAAAUGAGCAAUGCAUGUAUAAGAGGAGCUCCAAAGGAUCACUCUCCAUGGAAGAGGACCUGUCUCUUCUACAGCAUGAAAAAAAAAUGCGCAAAAAAAAAGGCAUCGUUAAGAAGGAAGAUUACCUCUACAGGGAUAACACCUUUUGUAAGAAUACCUAUCACGAGCUGCACGAACAAAUUAACUUCAACAAUGCAGAUGAGGACGCUAACCUUUAUAGCCGCGUCGGUAAACACAAUGGGGGUACUAUUAACGUGGAGGAAUAUCUAACCGAAGGAGACUCCUAUUCUUCCAACGUUAGUGUUACAAAGUGUGGAACCCAUCGGGGAAAAACAAUCCGAGGGGGAAGCAAAGGGUACAAUUCAAGUGGUAGCUGCAAAAGCAGAAAUUCAAAAAGGAGGAAAACGAGAAAAGAUAAUGAACCGAAUUAUGAUCACCUUAAACGGAAGAAAAAAUUAAUUCACCUCUUUAGUCGAAAUAUCAAGAGGGAAAGUGAUAAGUAUGGUGAUGCCACGGAUAGGGUCAAUCCCCAAUCGGAGGUCAACACAGAUGGUGUGCACAGGCGAUCUGCCGUUGAAACAGAUGAACACACAGGUCUACGUAGUGAUGAACAUCCAUCCGGGGGUCAAACUGUAAUCUGCGAAAAGGGAGACGCCCUUAUGCAGGAGGAGGGACCGUCGGCUCACUUCGGUGAUGAACGUGGUAAAGUUGGUACAGUCGAAGGGGUAGAAGUGAUCGACGUGGAAGAAGUGAUCCAAGCGGCAGGAGUGAUAAACCUGGUAGAUGAGACCGAAACGGAUGGAACUGCUAACAAAGGAACAAACGCAGAGGAGGCGUACCGCCCCUUCAGCGAUCAGAAGUUAAUGUAUCUGAAAAAAAAAUUGAUGCAGUUGGAUUUAUUUAAAAAGAAUCAAAAACGGAAAAAUGAGGAGGAUGACCUAAACCAGCACGACAUAAAAGCAGAUACUAGCGAACAAGCAAACGAAAAGGACAAAAUCAUGGCCCCUAUAGAAGUAGCCAAUGGGUCGGAUAAAGCCGUCGAAUUAGUUUCUCACACAGAGAAGGGGAACAUAUUACAAAAUAGCGCACAAUCAACACAUGGAACGCGUGCGUUCAUGUUUGUAGAGGAAGGGCAAGCAGCGGAAGUUGGUGGAAGCAGUGAUGACGCGUAUGGUAAUUACAAUACAAAGCACCACUCGAAAGGGCAAACUAGCCAAAGUGACAGUAGAAGGGAAAGUUACCCCAACGGAAAUAUGAACAAUGCAAGUGAAUCCAAAGACUUCGUGUCGAUUUUUCAAAAACUGGUUCGCAAAGAAAGUGAAAAUGGGCAAAGCGAACAUAAGGGGCAAAAUUUUGUACCCCAUCUUUAUGGCAACAUCGGUGAGGAUACAUUAGCCGACGAUUAUUGCCUCAGUGAGAAGUCCACCUUCCUUCCACAUGGUGACCAGCGGAAAGUGGACAAAGGAGGAAAACACGUAGAUAUGUUGAGACAUUUUUUUUUCUUAAAAGACGAUAUGAAGGGUUCGCAAAAUGUGCAGGAGGCCACUAGCAUGGAUAAUACAAGUAGUGAUCAAAACGGAGUAGCAAAGAGUACGAACGGAUGGAGAGAACCCAGUAGCUAUCCCAGUGCAAGUGAAGCAACAAAUGAAAAUUGCGGAAACGGGAAAAAUGCGCAGCUCACGAAUUCUUUUACCAUAGACCAAAUUUAUGACUACACGGUGGAUUAUUAUCGCCAAAUGAGAGAAUCACAGGAGGGGGGAAGCGAGCCCCAAACCUUCACCAACAUAUGA